AUAGAUCUAGAAAAUGUCUCACUUUUUUUUGUCAAUGCGAGUUCAGUUCCCGCGAGAAAAAGUCGAGCUUAGACUGAAUUAAACAUAUCAAACGAAGACGUAUUUUAGCUAUCUGUAGCUCUUGGAGUUAAACCGAAUGUCUGUAUUAAUAGAUUUUAUAACGUGCUAGAGACAUGGACAGCCAGUGUGUCUCCAUCCUGCCCCGCGUCUGUGGAGUUCUGUUGGUGUCAGGAAGCUCUCUCCCCGAUGAUACCAGUCUGGAGAAACUACUGGACUGGUUUACAACUAUCGCGCAGACUGGCACAUCUCUGUUGGAGGCAUGUCCAUGUCUGGUUGAUUUCGUCUCCAAGGUGGCCUUUAACUACACUUCAGGCUCCAGCAUCCUUUCUUUCACUCUGAAGCUGACUGGCUUGAUUGGUGCUUCUGAAGAUGGCUUUAAAGUUCUGAAGGAGUGCUCUGUGUUGAAACUGGUCUUUAAUCCUCAACACUGGCAAGAGGCAGGACUUUGGGAGGAUCCGUGUCUGCGGAUUGGCUGGAUCCAGGGUCUAAAGAUGAUUCUGAAGCACUCAGAAGCUCUCAGUUUUUUUGCGCAAGCAGAUCUUAUUGAACCACUCCUUCAACUUCAGACAGACUCAAGCCUUUUUGUUGCUUCAGCUGCCAAUCAGACACUCGCUCAGGUCCUGCUUCUCUGUCAGUCUCCAUCCUCUGUGGGUCAUAAUGGUUCAAAAAAUAGAGACUUAGAACACAACAGUGCGAGUAUGGAAACCACCCAGAAUUACAGUGGUAUAAUCACAAAGGUCUCUGAUUAUCUGAACAAGUCAGUGGUUCUGAAGGAAAUUUCACAGCUUCCUGGAAGCCAGCAGAUCCUCAGGCUGCUGGCCUUGCUCCUGGUCCGGGUCGGGCCUCCUCUGAGAGACACACUGUUGCUGGCUGUCAUAAACUCUCUGGAGGAACUGGUGACAACAAGCUGCAGUCAGCUCACAGUUCCUCUCUUGGAUGUCAUCCUGGCUGCAAACAGUGGACUCAGGGACGAUUGUGUCCCAAAGCAGCGACUCAUCCGACUUUUGUGGGUCAUGUUGAACAUGAAGAAGCCUGUUGAUGUUAUGCAGGCUGCAGCUGCUGUGCUACGCAGCCACCAGAGUGACCCCGCCCUCUCCGCCCACUCUGCUCGAGUCCUGCUGCUACCCCUGGACAUCGUUACUGGUGUCUCCUUACUGGAUGAGAACUCCACAGGUGAACAAACGACAUUGGUGUGUUUUUACAUGUGUAAUAAAUGUUUAUUAACUCCCUUUAAGAGCAUGUUGUCGAAUCCUGCAGAAGAAGAGCUUCGAAUUUUAAUAACUGAGCAGCUUAAGAGGAAAAGCUGCAUCUCCAUGAUUUGUGUAUGUCUAUCAAACAUACCUCAGAUCACACUAAUGGCUUCGGACUGCCUCCCCUGUCCUCAGAGGCUAAUUGUUACUGCAGUUUUGUUGUUACUGAGGCUGUGCUGUGUGGACUCCUCAUCUUCAUCGGCUGGCUGUGUUGAAGUUGUCAGAUUUAUUACAGGAAACAGCAAAGUUCAGAAAUGUGCCCUGGAGGCUCUGUUAGUGCUCAGCAAGAGUCCAGGAGUGAAGAUGGUUCUGGUUGAGGUCUUCAAAGUUCUGACUGAAUAUUUAAAUAGUCAUUCAUCUGACCCAUCUGUGCUCCAGAAGUCCUACCAGGCUGUGAUAAAGUGGGUGCGUGUUUGUCCAGAUCUGUCCUGCAUCACAGACCAGCUCAGAGAAGGUUUCAUCCAGGCGGUGAGAAAGCGAGCUUGUGACACUCGCUGGGAGGCCAGAGACUCCACGGUGGAGUUUCUGGGUCACUUGGUGGGGGCGCCCUCAUGCUGGGCAUUCACUGAACAGGAGAUGGAACCAUCAGAUGUUCUCCUGGGCGGCUGCAGCUUUACGGUUCCUCUCCUCAAGGAGGCACUGCAGGAUCCAGAGAGCUAUGUGAGAGCCAGCUCCAUCUCUGCUCUGGCACAGACACUGACACCCAGCUGGCAGGACGGGACAGCAUUAACACAGGAGCAGGAGGACAUAGUAACCCAGCUGCAGGAAGUUCUCUUCCAGGACUCGGAGGGAUUUGCCAGGAGGGCUGCUGUGAAGUACUUCAUUGCCUGGUUCUCAGCUUGUUCCUCGCCUUCCUCGUGCUGGCUCCUCAUGCAGUCUGUGCCGACUGUCCUCUCUCAGGGUGUCGCUGAUCUGGACUGGGAGGUCAAACUUCACACCCUGGAGUUGGCAGAACUGGUGCUGGACCGAGCCUUUUCGGAUCCUUCGCCGUCUCAUCCCUAUGCUGUGAUGUCUGACCAAGACCACAGACUUCCCAUUGCAGGUCAGCAGUCAGACUUGCUCAGCAGCUUGAAGAAUUUGGUCGAUUGGGGAGUGGUCUCAGCUCUGUUGUGUGGUGUGGUUGACUGUGACAGGCCCGUUGCUCUGAAGGCCUGCCAGCUACUGCUAAAGCUCCGAGGCAUUGUUUGUCCUGUGAUGGAUAACACAGCAGACACCAGAGUUUUUUGUCAACUGGCUGGAGCCAGCGUGAUGCAGCAGGUCAGAAAGAUCCAGGAAAUGGGGAAGGACACCUGUGUUGUUUCUGAAGCUUGCAGUGAGGCAGAUAAGGAAGGCAUAUGUGCCAGUGUUGACCCAGAGUGUGUUAGUGUGUGUGAGGUGUUGAGGGUCCUGGAUUUAGAUGAGAAGCUGAGCAUCUUGACCCAAAGCAGCGACCACAUCUACAAUUCUCCCCUCUCUCUGCUCCAGGACAUCCUAACAGCCGCUGCUGCUAGCUCUCCGCCUGGCCAGGACCCACGGCAGGAGCUCGUAAUGGACUGUUACUAACAGCCAGACACACAGAAACAAACCAUCUUCAACGAGUACAAUCAAAUAGGUCAUACAUGCUGAUUUAAAGCUGCAGCAUAUAACUUUUAGAAAAAAAUCUUUUUUUUUUUUUUUUUUACAUAUAUAUUGAAAUUGUCACUAUUUGGUGACAGUAUGUUAUGAGACAAUCUGUGA